AUCAACAGUGAACUGCAGUCGCGCAUGCGCAGAGCUUCAUCCAGCAGCUGAGCCUUGUGUCAAAACACAGAGAAACCAGCAGCGCUAAAUCCACAGCUUUACCUCUAUUAUUUGAAAAGUAUUUGUCGACACAAAGUCAUUUCCAUCUACGUCCGCGUACCAUGACCGAACAAUCAGCAUUACUUCUUCGAAAACAACUGGCAGAGCUCAACAAGAACCCGGUGGAGGGCUUUUCAGCUGGUCUGAUAGACGACGAUGACAUUUAUAAAUGGGAAGUCGUGAUCAUCGGUCCACAAGAUACCCUUUUUGAAGGCGGGUUUUUCAAAGCAUACCUCACCUUUCCCUAUGAUUAUCCUCUACGGCCUCCAAAGAUGAAGUUCAUCACUGAAAUCUGGCAUCCAAACGUUGCAAAGAACGGUGAUGUUUGCAUCUCGAUUCUGCACGAGCCCGGGGAGGAUAAGUUUGGUUAUGAGAAGCCAGAGGAGCGCUGGUUACCGAUCCACACCGUAGAGACAAUCAUGAUCAGUGUGAUCUCCAUGCUGGCAGACCCCAACAGCGACUCGCCGGCUAACGUGGACGCAGCGAAAGAGUGGAGGGAGGACCCUAACGGUGAAUUCAAGAGGAAAGUGGCUCGCUGUGUAAGAAAAAGUCAAGAGAUGGCUUUUGAUUAGGAGUGAAUUUAAAUUCCAGGUUAAAGGGAAUGCCUUCAGAGGGAAGAUUUCAGCAGGCUUUUGCACCCCUUGUUUUGCCAAUGGAAGGAACCGGUUGGCUUCAAACACGUUUCUGUGAACGGUUUCAUUUUCCGCAAGACGAGCCAAUUUGAGAAAAACCCUACCAGCGAAAUUAACCCGUUUCCUACCUGGAAUUGUAUAUUUAAUUUUAUUUAUUUUGAAAGAAUUAAUGAUGUAAGAUAUGUCACUACUGUAAAUUAACUUGCUUUUUUAUCUGCUGCUGAACAGUUUCUACUUUAUACCAGGUUUCUUAUGCAAUUUAGUGGUCAAGAUUGUGUAAAAGCUAAAAACCCGUCACCAUUCGGUCACCAGAUUAACGUCGGCCCAACGAACCCCUGUCAAUAUUCGUGAUUAUUUUCCACUCUGUCUUUCAAUCACUGUUGCCAUUUGUCGGCUUCACUUCCUCACAGUCCUACUGUCAUUUAGAGAGACAGUUUGAGAACUUUUGGAGGGUUUUCACAGUCAAAGUUUCUAGGAAACGGCCUCCUGUUAGUUUCUCCUGUGAGAGCCGGUUAUUUAUAUCUAUAAAACCAUGACUCUCAAACCUGCAUGACCCCUCAAACAGCUCCGUUAUGUUUAUCUGCUAGAUGUGAAAUGAAUGGCUUAUUAAGGAUUUGAGAGUUAUUGUGUUAUAAUAUAAAGCGUCACACACGAGCAUAGCAUAAUGAAGGUUAGAUCCAACUCCUCCGGAUCAAACUUAACUGGAAUAUAGAAAAUCAGGAAUACUUCGCCCACAAAAUAUUCGAAACUUUCAUUCAGUUUACCUUAAAUACAACGGGAGAAAACCGACACUUAUACGGUAUAAUCCAAGUCUCAUUACCUCGUUUAUGAUCAAUACUUUACCGACUUACUUUUACUUAAACGGCUCCAUUUAAAUCACCUUCCUGCUGAAAAUCAAUGUGUGGCAAACGGUGCAUCGAAGAAGUCAUAAAUGAGUCAGGCGUACGACUGGUAAAUGAGUUUGAUUAUACUGCACAAAUGUACCUUUGUACUUCAGAGUGGGUGAAUAAUGGCUACAGGAAUGAUUAUUUUGUGGGGGAACUACUCCUUUUACACGUGUCCCUCAUGGUCAAUUAGGAAAUCUAUUAAUUCAACUCGUUAUUAUGACUCACUGACAACCAAUUAAAGCCAAAUCUUUUUUAAAAACUUCCAUGUGAACUCAAUUUAAAGGUUCAUACAUCAUGUUGUUAAUCUAACAGGGAAUCUUAGGGUCUCCAUUGUAGAAAUAGGCUAGUUUUUCUUAUUUUGUUGUGGCAUGUUAGGCUUUUAUCAGCGUUUAGGUAAAGGAGGAUGUUUAAGUCACUUUCACUCGAGGGUAAUCCUCUUCAAAUCAACAUCUUGGACAAUAUUUAUCACCAUCACUGAAUCGGGGUUUCUGAAAGCGACUUGAAGCACUUAGUAAAACUGAGGGGGAAUGAACACACCUUUUAUUUUUUAGAGAAUACACACAGUUUGGGUGUCGUCUGGAACCACUUUCAUGAUUAUUCUGAAUUAUGUUGUACAUGAUUGACUGACAUUAAAAAGAACAAAUAUC